AAGGACAGAGGAUUGACCAGCAAUACCCGAGGAAAACGCUGAAAACCACCUGGAACCACCUUGCUGUUAUUGUACCCAAGGAAAGAAAGUACUAUUACGAUCCUCUUUCCCCCCUAGAGGCACCAGGGAAAAAAAGUCAGCUCAACUGAUCAAUACAAGAAAAAGUCAGAAAACAUGGGCAAUGUGUAAUACCUCUGGACCUUCAUGAAGUGAGUCCCCAUAAUCAUUGAGCCAAGUGGAAAGAAGAAAUGCGUUUUCAGAGUACUCUGACUAUCAACUCCAUCUUAAGGAUCAGCUUUGGAAAUGCUGCCAUCCUGUAUAUCUUCUGCAGUAAGCAGGCAUAGUUCUGACAAAUUCUUCACACCAGUGAGGAACUCUUCAGGGUCCAGAAGAUUCUAAACUUGAUCUACAAUGGAAAAACUGCUUUUUUCCCUGUUGUUCAUUGGCAUAGCAGUGAGAGCACAGAUCUGUCCAAAGCGUUGCGUGUGUCAGAUUUUGUCUCCUAAUCUUGCAACUCUGUGUGCCAAGAAAGGCCUCCUAUUUGUUCCACCAAAUAUUGACAGAAGAACUGUGGAACUCCGACUGGCAGACAAUUUUGUUACAAAUAUUAAAAGGAAAGAUUUUGCCAACAUGACAAGUUUGGUAGACUUGACCCUAUCCCGGAAUACAAUAAGUUUUAUCACACCCCAUGCUUUUGCUGAUUUACGCAAUUUACGGGCUUUACAUUUGAAUAGUAACAGACUGACCAAGAUCACAAAUGAUAUGUUCAGUGGACUUUCCAAUCUCCAUCACCUGAUUCUAAACAACAAUCAGCUGACUUUAAUCUCUUCUACAGCAUUUGAUGAUGUCUUAGCCCUUGAGGAGCUUGAUUUGUCCUACAACAAUCUUGAAAAUAUACCUUGGGAGGCUGUUGAAAAAAUGGUUAGUUUGCAUACACUUAGUUUGGAUCACAAUAUGAUUGACCACAUACCUAAAGGGACUUUCUCUCACUUGCACAAGAUGACUAGAUUAGAUGUAACAUCAAAUAAGUUGCAGAAGUUACCACCUGACCCUCUCUUUCAGAGAGCUCAGGUACUAGCAACCUCAGGAAUCAUCAGCCCAUCCACUUUUGCAUUAAGUUUUGGUGGAAACCCUUUGCACUGCAAUUGUGAAUUAUUGUGGCUGAGACGCCUUUCAAGAGAAGACGAUUUAGAGACGUGUGCUUCUCCUACACUUUUAUCUGGUCGAUAUUUUUGGUCAAUUCCAGAGGAAGAGUUUUUGUGUGAACCUCCGCUCAUUACUCGACAUACACAUGAAAUGAGGGUAUUAGAAGGUCAAAGAGCCACAUUGAGAUGCAAAGCCAGGGGAGACCCAGAGCCUGCAAUUCACUGGAUCUCUCCAGAAGGAAAGCUCAUUUCAAAUGCAACAAGAUCUCUUGUCUAUGAUAAUGGAACACUUGAUAUACUUAUAACAACUGUAAAAGAUACAGGUUCUUUUACCUGCAUUGCAUCUAAUCCUGCAGGGGAAGCAACACAGACAGUGGAUCUUCAUAUAAUCAAACUCCCUCAUUUGUUAAAUAGUACAAAUCAUAUUCAGGAGCCUGAUCCUGGAUCCUCAGAUAUUUCGACUUCUACUAAGUCAGGUUCUAAUACAAGUAGCAGUAAUGGGGAUACUAAAAUGAGUCAAGAUAAAAAAGUUGUAGUAGCAGAAGCAACAUCUUCUACUGCACUACUUAAAUUCAAUUUUCAAAGAAAUAUACCUGGAAUACGUAUGUUCCAAAUUCAGUACAAUGGUACUUAUGAUGAUUCACUUGUUUACAGAAUGAUACCUCCUACGAGCAAAACAUUUCUUGUCAAUAACCUGGCUGCUGGAACUGUAUAUGACUUGUGUGUCUUGGCAAUAUAUGAUGAUGGCAUCACUUCCCUCACUGCCACAAGAGUCGUGGGUUGCAUCCAAUUUACCACAGAACAGGAUUAUGUACGUUGCCAUUUCAUGCAGUCUCAGUUUUUAGGAGGCACCAUGAUUAUUAUAAUUGGUGGCAUCAUUGUAGCUUCUGUGCUGGUUUUUAUCAUCAUUUUAAUGAUCCGCUAUAAGGUUUGCAAUAACAAUGGGCAGCACAAGGUCACCAAGGUCAGUAAUGUUUAUUCUCAAACUAAUGGGGCCCAAAUACAAGGCUGCAGUGGAACAAUGCCUCAGUCAAUUUCCAAACAAGCUGUAGGACAUGAUGAGAACAUUCAGUGCUACAAAGGUCCCAGUGAAAAUGUGACUCAAUCUUCAGACACUUGUUCAAGUCAGGACACUUCUACCACUACCUCUGCUUUGCCACAUACCUGGACUUCAAGCACUUCUGCAUCCCAAAAGCAGAAACGAAAGAUGGGGCCAAAGCCAAGCAAUGAUUCACAGAAUGAAGCUGUUUCAAGUGUUGAGUCCCAAAAUGCUAACAGGAAUAACUCAACUGCAUUGCAGUUAGUUAGCCGCCAUCCUGAUUCUGUCAAAGACGUUCCCACAUCUAAAACAGCACAAUCAAAGUCAAGUAAGUUUCUUACUGUGCCUGCUGAAAGAUCCAGAGCAAGGCGCAGGUACUCUCUGAAUGGAAAAUUAAUGGAAUACCAUUGUUAUGUUAAGUCAGAGAACACAGGUGUAUUAUGGUUUAAAAGGAGCAUGUCUAUGAAUGGGAUGGUAAUUCAGUCAGGCAUUUCUGACCUGGAUAGUGGAAAAGCAACUUUUUCAAGAUCUGAGUGGAUUUUAGAAAGCACUGUGUGACCUGCUUUUAAAAAAAUUUUAAAUAUCUUUCUUUGGGAAUAUUUUCAUGGAGAAUGGAAUUUGGAAUUCCAGUCUUGUCUUGCUAAUUUUUGGCUUAUACAUUCAACUUUGUGUAAAAGCCGCCUAGGAUUUGGUGUGUAUAUGUAUAUGGGUAACUACAUACAUGUACACACAAUGUAGAUAGCAACUAAAGAGAGUAUUUAAAAAUAAAAUUAUUAUUGGAUGGGGAAUGAAGUAGCGUCAAUGCUUUCCCCUACUCUAAGACUGGCUUCCUGUUUCUGUGUUAACAAACAACAAAAAAGAAAGUUUUUGCAAGGAAAAAGCCUUUCAUAAAGGAAAUUAUAUUUCCUUCAAACUAACAAAGACCAUUUAUGGGAAAAUUGAUAUUUUUAAAUGACAAGACUGUUUAUUUAUUUCUGGUGACAGUGGUGUUGCCUUUCUUUAAGGCAAAUGCUGUACAGAACAACUCUGUGCUGGUAUAUUGUGUAAAAUAAAAUAUUUAAUAAGUAUACACAGUUGGUGUUAAAGUAAGUACUCUCUUAAACAACAUUCUUGCUACAGGUGCCUUAGUGUAUCUGUGACAUAUUAUUAGUAACUUAGAUUGUUCAGUGGUUAAGGAAGAAUUCAACUCAUUUUGUACCUAUCACCAAUAAAAGUCUAGUUCUAGGAUGUGGGAAUGAAUAUGACCAAUUUCUAAAUGCAUGCAGUUGGGCGUAUAUGGGUUCCAUGUAUAUGUAAUAGAGGUUAACAGGGGAGCCAAGAAGCCUUCCUUUUGCAAAAUUAAAUUUUAAUCACCAUCUAAGAAUGGAAGAACAAACAAGUUGUUACAUACAUAGGAGAUUUAAAGCCAUUCCCUAUUAACAGAAUUACUUGUUUUUCUCCUCUAGAAUCAAUAAUUCAUUAAUGUUGCCACAAUUUAAAGAAUCAUAUUAAUAUUUUAACCAAUAACUGUGAUGACAUUUAAUGAGGAAUCAUUCUUUUUAGCAACACUUUAUCAACAAACUCCGGGUUUAGUUUGAUCAGACUCUGUCAUUAUUAUUCAGGUAAUUUGACAUUACCUAAAAAAAGAACAAGAUUGAAUUUUGAAAGCUUAAAGACAUAUUGUAGGAGGCUAUUUGUUCUUGUGUAUAAGCUUUCACAAUUAACUGACAUGUAAAGAAACAUCAUGACCAAAGUAAAUGAAAAUGAUUUUUACAGUAUGUAAACUACUCUGUAGCAGUAAACUAGACACUUGGUAAAGCUUCUUAUUCAAAUCACUAAAGUAAAGUAAAAACAGAGCUGUGUCACUUUUAUCUCUUGGUUAAUUUCUUUCUAUAUAAAGCAAAUAAAGUAAAUUCCAAGGCAUGUAAUUAAGUUAACAGAAGAUCCUAUUACACAUAGUUUGUCACGCAUAAGUAAUUUUAAAUAUGUUAUGUUAAGAUGUGAUUAUUUUCGGAGAAACUAUAUUUUAUAGAUAAAAUUUGUCUAUGGGUGGUUUUCUUUAGAUUCCUCCUACUUUCCUUUUUUGACAUCCUGAUUCCUCCCUAUUGUUCUAUUCAUGUGAAUUUGGGUGCCUAUUUUAUGUUACAUUAAUCAAGGACUUUAGUCAGUCAUCAACUAAUCAACUGAAGGCCCUGACUAUUGACUAAAAACUCAUUAAGACUCAGAGGAAUAAAUCAAUGAAUGUGCAAUAUAUAACAUUCUGUGCAGUGAAGUUGCAGUGAAGUAUUUUUGAGAAAUAGGCACAGCUGCCCCUUAAGUCAAAUCACAUAUUUACCUUGUUUACUUAUAAAUCUAGUCUUGAUUACUUCAAGAUGUGUUUUCAAAGUGCUCCAUUAUUUCUAAAAAUCUUUUAUUUAUUUAAUUUCUAAUAAAACUUCAUUGAAAUCUAUCAUUUCUCAUUGAUCUAUAGUUUUCUGCUUUAAUUAUGUGCAAUUUUGAGAGAAACAAGUUAUUUUACUUAAUGUCAUGUACUUUAAUUUUUUGUUAUUAUGCAGCCUCUUUCAAGCUUCAUUUUCCUUGAAAAUUGUAUUGUAUGAUGUUACAAAUGCUGAUUCCUUUCCUUUUCAUACAAAUUUUACUAAAUUUCUAAAAAAAUAUUAAUUGAGCAGUGAACUGUUUCACCUGCUCAAACACAAAUAAGAGUUAGAGGUAAUGAACCAUUAAAUCAGCCAGCCAGUGUGCAAAUAACUGUUAUACGUAUUACAGAUGAAAAUACAAUGAAUUAAAUAACUUCUGCUCUUAAGGAGCUAUACUUUCUCUCUGGGUAAGAAAGAAUAAUCCUUGUCCUUAGAUAAUUUCAUUGUGAGAUUUCAUUGUAAGAAGAGUGAAAUAGAGUGAUGAUGACAGACAGUGUUUGGAAAUAAGUGAAGAGACUCAGCAAAGUUUAUCAGAUAAUUAAUUAGACCUUUUCAUCCACCUCCUUCUAGUUUCUUUAUUCCUCUCUCUCUUAAUACCUGUCCUCUUAUCUUUGAUACUUUUUACCUAGUUUAUUUUUAACUGUUAGGUGGCUAUAAAUAUGGAACUUAAGCAUGUUUUUGUUUACUGAACACAUUUUCAUGUUCCCUGCUCUUAAUAUUUUAAAAAUGAUUAUUCAGGGGCAGCUAGGUGGCGCAGUGGAUAAAGCACCAGCCCUGGAUUCAGGAGAACCUGAGUUCAAAUCCAGCCUUAGACACUUGACACUUACUAGCUGGGUGACCCUGGGCAAGUCACUUAAUCCUCAUUGCCAUGCCCCCCUGCCCCAAAUGAUUGUUCAGUUAUCAUAUCCUAUGAUUCCAGUUUCCUUAAAGUUUAAAUGCAAUAUUUCAUGAUCAAUUAUGUUUUUUUUUAAAUAAUAGUUUCAAAAAAGGAAGAAUACUUGUUGUGCUUAUUAUGCUGCUAAUUGUGACCCUCAAUUAAUCAUUUUUCUGCUAUGGAUCAUUGAUUGACCCAUGAUGGUGUAGGAUGGUGGGAAUGAUUUUUUAAACUCUGAUUUAAAUAUAUACUGUAAAUUCAUAGUGUAUUAGUAUUUUAUAUGCAAAAUAGUAUCCCAGUGGCCAUAAAGAAUUAAUGUAGUACCCAGUGUGUUGGUUUGUUUUGUUUACCUGUAUUUCUUUGUGACAAGAGAAGGUUCUAGGAAGAUAGGGAUGAUUUAACUGCAAAAUAGCAGCCUUGUAAA